AUAAAUGUAAACAAACGUCUAGAUUGAGCCGCGUAGCCCUUAUAAACCAAAAAAACCAACAAAAGCAACAAUAAGUAAGCUAUAACCUCACGGAUGGUUUCCUCGCAGCGAAGGCUGUGCUAGAAAGGGAGAGAGGGAGAGGAGGGGUAGGGAGGGAAGGGAAAUAGAGGGAAACCAACUGCUCUCACCGCCCUCUUCUCCACCCUUCACGCCCUGAAGGUGAAACUAAGCGAGGUCGGCAGUAUAUAAGAGCUGCCACUCACUAGUUCGGCAUCACAGCUCAACCAGUACCAUCACAGACAGUUACAAGAUGACUGCUAAGACGUUAGUGCUGGGCACCAUCGUGGCUUUGGCUUAUGCCGCUCCUCGUGCCGAACCACCACCACCUAGCUAUGGACCACCACCACCACCUACCUAUGGACCACCACCUACCUAUGGACCACCAAAGCCAUCAUACGGACCACCUGCGUACAAAGAGCCCGGCAUGCCCUUCGACUUCACGUACGCCGUCAAAGACGACUACUCUGGCAAUGACUUCUCCCACGAUGAGAAGAGUGACGGCACACUCACAACUGGGUCGUACAGGGUGCUUCUGCCCGACGGUCGUACCCAAAUAGUGACCUUUAGUGCUGACGACACCAAGGGAUACGUCGCUGACGUAGCCUACGAGGGCCACGCAUCCUACCCUGCACCACAGCCAUCCUACGGUCCUCCUAAACCAACCUACGGACCUCCAACCUCAGCCCCAUCCUACGGACCACCACCAACCCCAUCCUACGGACCUCCACCAACCCCAUCCUACGGACCUCCACCAACCCCAUCCUACGGACCUCCACCAACCCCAUCCUACGGACCUCCACCAACCCCAUCCUACGGACCUCCACCAUCUCCCUCCUACGGACCCCCAUCCUAUGCCUAAACCUCAUAAAACCCCUUCCCCCUAACGAAUGACGCUGCCCAUUCUACGCCCACUAAAUUUUCCCUCUGGUAGCAACACAGUUAAAAUCAACGUUUCUGAUGAACUUCGUGAGGACAAUUUGGAUACCACAUUUAACCCCAACACUCCUCCUACUAGCCACCACCUUUAGUCCCAACACCCCUCCUAUCCCUCUUAUCCCUAAACCCUUCCUUCUUCAUUAUUUCAAGUUUCCUAGUGUCACGUAUCCUGGCGGGCUAGACCUAUCCCAGUCUGAACCUAUCCCUUGCUAUCCACAGCGGUACCAGAGUGGCAGACACUCCCCACCACACUGUUACCUAGCCGUGUGACUCCUUCCCGAGCAACCGUGUGCUUUUAAACGAAUUCAUCAUUGGAAAAGCAUUUAAUUCGUUUAGAAAGAGACGAUUGUAUGAGGUGCAGUCAUAACACGGUCCCGAGGUGCAGCCAUGACACGGUCCCGAGGUGCAGCCAUGACACGGUCCCGAGGUGCAGCCAUGACACGGUCCCGAGGUGCAGCCAUGAGGACUUAUUGUAAUGGUAGUAACUUAUUAUGUAAAUAAAGGCAACAUGAAAUAAACAAUUUAUUAUUACGUUCUCCCUUCAUAGGAGGUGCCUAGAUGCUGGUGAAGGGCUCAUGAUCUAUGGAAUUAGAGCUACAUAGGAAAAUAUCUGGAAAGCUGUAUAAAUAACUGAUGUAUAGAGGAGAGAAUGUAUGUGUGACAACAUAGUGCGGAGAAGCAUCAGCAACCCUCAUCAGCAGUGCUGUGUCUGA